CCCCUCCCCAAAUGGCAGCAAGAACAGCGCCGCGCGACGGCGCCGCCCCGUCUGGCCGUCAGCAAAGCGUCCAGGCGCCGUAGCAUGUCCCUGCGGUGCCGCUCCUUCGCCGCGGGGUUACUGCCCGGGCGUGGCUGCGCAAACGCAGGCACGCAGGGAAGAUGCGCUCGGCCGCGCUCGGAUACGGCGGCGGCGCUCGGGAAUUGGUAGGCCACGAGCAAGCGAGCUGCGAGCCUGCCCCAACCUCUCUCCCCAUACCCCAGUCGUAUGCCCUCUAUAAAACCUCCCAAUUCCCCCGCUGGCCCCUCUUUUUCUCCAGCGAUCCCAGAAACAAGCCCCCAUCAAGAUUGCCAAAGAAGCCACCGCCUCCCGGCUCCCGCUCUUCCCCCACUCGCCCCGCCGCGGAGAGCUUCCGCGCUCGGGAGCCAUGGAGGACGCCGACGCCGACCUCGAGAGGUCCCUCCUAGCGUCCGCGGUCCUCGCCUUCGCGUACGACAAAGCGGGACGGGCUAGGGAGCUGGUGGACCUGGCCAGGCAGACCGCCGCCGCGGCCGCGGAGGUGGACCAUCCGGCCUCGGGACGCCUCACGGAGGCCGCGGACUCCAUGGAGCGGACCGUCCUCGCCCUCUCCGUCGCCGACGUCUACACCAGGCCACGGGCGGCAGCGGAGCUCGUGGCCUGCGCGGCCGAUCUGUACAUCGCCGCUCGUGAGGUCAACGCCGACCUGGCGGACGCCGCCUACGUCCUCGCGGGGCAAUCCGAGGAGUUGACACGGAUGGCCGCCGACCUCAGGGCCGCCAUGGGAUUCGCCCGCCAGCAGAAUCACGGCCUCCUGGCUCGGAUUGCUGCCUUCUGCACCUACAGGGUGCAGCCUUCCUCCGUGCGAUCUUUCGCCGAGGGGGGUACCUCAGCGAUGCAGUCGUUGGGGCUUGGCAUGUCCCUUGGCCUCCUACCUUACAUGGGGAGGCAGGGGAUUCUUAGCGCUGACAACUUCUCCGAUAAUGAACUAUGGUGGAUAAAUGCUGUUUUCUCUUCCUGGUGGGUCCUGGUGUCGCUUGGCGUGGCUGCCAGUCUGUGCCCCGAGACUAGACUUCAGAUGGAGUAUGUACGGCUAUCUAGCCACCUUGCAAUACUAGGCAUUACCAUUUUGGUUGUCUUAUAUGGUUACGUGCUGUUAGCUCCUCAAGCAUGGAUUGCUGUCAUGUUCUUCCUUGGCGUUUCGUGUCUUUUCCACGUUUUGUUUUACCUUCAGUCGUACCAUAGAAGAGGCAUGUGAUCCAGUUGCAAGGAAUGUGAGGCUGGGAAUUUUGAGAGAAGUGCGCUAACAGAUGAAAUGCUUCCAGAUGGCAGUUUUGAGAAGGGCAUUUGUACAUGAAGUAAACAUAGAGUGAAGUUCUGGAUAUGAUUUAGGAUUGUAGUGAUUUGGUAUUUUGCCUUUCAAUCGUAGAUGCUCCUGGUGGUAUUUCUUUGGUGACCAUGAUACCGCUUUCCCAAAUGACAAUGGUUCCAAGAAGUGAUAUCAUCCAAUAUAGAUUUGCUCAUUGGAUUGAUAACACUUGGAUUCUUCUAUACAGUACAAAGUGAGAUUCUUGCUGGGUGAGGCACUUAUUGUGAGUGCCCUUUUUGCGCUUA